GGGCGGCUCUGGCGGUUGGAGGUGGGUGGAGCUGCCCUUGGAGGCGGCACCGGCCUGGCCCCGAGGCCCGCCGCGCCCUAUCGCGCCAGAGCCGAGUGGCCCCGCGGAGCCCGCGCGCUCCCGCCUGCUGGGGGAGGGCAGACAGGGCGCGGGGGACCAGACAGGCCGCGGCGGGCGCUGUUUCUCUUUCGCUUUCCCGGGCUCGGAGGCGGGCGCGCCGGCGGGCUGAGGAGCGGCGGCGGCCGCUGGGUAUGCAAAAGCAGGACUGCCAAGAGGAGUAAUGCCCACUGGCCUGUGCUCAGGCCCGAUGCUCAUGCCCAUGCCUCAGGACACCUGCGAGGACAUCGUGCCAGCUCCUGGGACCAGCUUUUUAUCCCCUUAGUGCCCCUCUUUGCUUGAACUGCUAAAGCCAGCUGACCACGAAUGGCUUCCCAAAGGAAACACUUGGUGAAAGAUUUCAACCCUUACAUCACCUGCUACAUCUGUAAAGGAUACCUGAUCAAGCCCACCACAGUGACAGAAUGCCUCCAUACAUUCUGUAAGACCUGUAUUGUCCAGCACUUUGAAGACAGCAAUGAUUGUCCAAGGUGUGGCAACCAAGUUCAUGAAACAAAUCCAUUAGAAAUGUUAAGGCUGGACAACACAUUGGAGGAAAUUAUAUUUAAGCUGGUGCCUGGGCUACGAGAACAAGAACUUCAGCGUGAGUUGGAAUUUUGGAAGAAAAAUAAACCUCAAGAAAAUGGGCAAGAUGACAUUUCGAAGGUUGACAAAUCUAAAGCAGAUGAAGAAGGUGAUGAAAACCAAGAUGACAAGGACUAUCAUAGAAGUGACCCACAAAUUGCUAUCUGUCUGGACUGUUUACGAAAUAAUGGGCAGUCAGGGGACAAUGUAGUGAAGGGUCUCAUGAAAAAAUUCAUUCGCUGUUCUACACGAGUUACUGUCGGAACUAUUAAAAAGUUUCUAAGCUUAAAACUAAAACUUCCAAGUUCUUAUGAGUUGGAUGUGCUGUGCAAUGGUGAAAUUAUGGGAAAGGAUCAUACUAUGGAAUUCAUCUAUAUGACAAGAUGGCGACUAAGAGGAGAAAAUUUUUGCUGUCUGAACUGUUCAGCCUCGCAAGUCUGCUCUCAGGAUGGCACUUUGUACCAGUCAUACCCGAUGGUAUUGCAGUAUCGACCGCGAAUUGAUUUUGGGUAGGCCCAGGCCCAGGCUGCACUGAAUGAAUCCUGCACUAUUUGUUUACUCGUCGACAGAUUGCACAGUGAAUGAUGUGUGGACUUGAGAGACACAAUCUGAUUUUCAGCAUGCACAUAAGGCCAUUGUCUGUCUCUAAGUUGUCAGUGUCCUUCAUGUUCUGUCUAUUAGGAGCGAUCCAAGUGCCCUUCUGCUACUGACCAUCUGCAUAAGAUAUCCGUGCCGUCUCAGUGUGCAAGGCUCGGCUGAAGUGAGUUAGGUAUCCAGCCGUGACUCUGCUUUCUCAGUGUUUUGCUUGCCUGUUGCAAGAUUGUUCUAAUGUUAAUUACACUAGUAAAAUGGCUCAAUCCUUGUGGUGUUGCAGUUUUCACAUACUUAAUACUUUUAUUCUUACUAAAAUAGAGUACUGUACAAGAACCUAGUAUAAUUAUAUCUUGAAAUUAUUUUGUAUAAGAAUAUAUUUAGAAAAGUGGUUUCUGAGCCACUGUCCUAUUCUUGGUAAACUUUUACGUAAAAAAGAAUAAACAACCAAAAAAAAAAAAAACAAAACCAAAAUGCCAGCUUAUUCUUGAGUGUGCAAGUCUUUUGUGAAGAAUUCCAGUUAUUUUUUGACCAGAGCACAUUGCAAUUAUGGAUGUCCUAAAUAUCUGGGUAGUCUGCCAUUGCACGGGAAAUCGUGUUAGGCCUUCAUGUUGAAACAUAUGUGACUUGGACAACUGAAGUUUAUAAUGUUGGCAGCUGAUCAUUUUGACUUCUAAUAAAAUCAAUGUGUAAGUACAUUAGCGUCUGUUACUGUCUUAGGCAAGUGAGUGCUGUCUAGCCAAUGUCAUGUGUACGUCAUUGUAUCAUUGAUGCCAUUUUAUGAAAGCAUUGCUUUUUAAGUUGGCCUUAGUUGUGUAUUGUGGAAUGCAGAGGUGAUUUUAAAUACUAGGAUUUUUAGAUCACAUUCACCCUUUUAUGGAUUUCCAAACAAUCUCAGAUUUUUAGCUGCAUAUCACAUUUCCAAACCAUAUGCACAAAACAAAAUAAACACCAUGUAGUAGAUAAAUAUACUAACCAAAAUUAGUGGUUUGGAAAUACUGUUAUUUUAAAUACUGUAGCAACCAAGGGAGAUAGGGUUAUUGUUUUGACUGAGUGCAUUAAAGAUGAGUGGAUUAGAAGUCAGAAUUAUGCUGAUGUCCUUGAUGUUGCAGUUGGGUUAAGUCUUCCAUUCAUUUUGAAAUUAGCUGGCAAGUCAAACUUUAGAUCUUCAGUCUAAAAACAUAGUUGUUUCAAAACAGAAAAAGAAAACUGGAAUGUGUCUGGUUGCUUAGAAACAAGCUAAGUCCUGAAAAGGAAGAGGGGAAUUAGGACAAAUGGCAUGCUUUACACAUCAGAUAGGAGGGAGCAUCGUGUGAUCCACAGGUCAUUGUCACACCGUGAACACAGGUGCUCGUGCUCUCCAGGAACUGUUUCACAGGUUAAUGCCUUCCGAAUUCCAGAGCCCGUCAUAGAAGUGAACCUUGUACAGCUCUGAGAAACAAACUGCAGCUCCAUCUUGGUUAUUUCAUAAUAUGAAAGACUGGAAAUCUAUUAUUUUUUUUUUACAUUUUUUCAAGUCAAAAAGUUUGUAUUAAAGUUGUUGCAUUAGAAGGCCACAGCAAUUCCUUAACUUCAUCUUGUUGGAUUGGGUGUUUCUGGAAGAACUCAUGAGCGGGAUUUAAAAGACAUUUAAUUUACUCUAAAGUGUAGCUGAGACUAUAAUACUUGACCAAAAAACUGAAUUUAUUAUCUAACUACAGAAAUUAUUUUACUGUUUUGCAAAACCUAAUUCCUAGUUAUCCAUAAGAAAAAUGUAAAGAUCUUACAAUUCAUCACAUUUAGAUAAGUGUGUUUUCCAUAUGAAGGUUAAUUUUAAUUAAGUCAAAAUCAGUUUUGAAAGCCACAUGCUAAGAGUUGGCUAUUUGGCUACUCAAUCAAAAUUUAAGGCCAUGGGUGAAUUUUAUGUACAAGGUCUCUUUAAAUUUUGCUUGUUGCCUGAUCACAUGUAGUGACUAUUUUCCAAGGAACAUGUAGGAAACGGUAACCAGAAUGCAGUUUUAUAACAAUUCCAAAAAUGUUGUUGCACUGACAUUUUUACUGAGAUGCAGUAGACUAUGUGCCAAAGCAUAGCGUUAAGGACGUCUGGCGUUGUAAGGGAAUAGGAGUAAUGUGUUGCCAGUGGGAUCAGGCUUCUUUAGCCAUCCUCGUCUGGUGUAGUGUGCAGAACUUUCUUGUCUGGUGUGACAUGCACUGAACUCCACUCAGUUACCCUUGUCAGGAACCCACAAACAGGCACUGUAGCCAGCAUUACAUAUACAGGGUUGCUAACAACCCCCAACCCCCUGAGUUUAAAUAAUCUCCAGGAAUAACUGUCUGAAUGUAUAAAUGCAAGAGUAAGUCAAAGUUAUUCUUCAGCCUGUUGUUCCUUAAGCAAUAAACUAAAGAACUCUACUCCAGAAAAGAUUUUGUUACCUGUUUUACCUGCCUUAAAAGUCAGACAGAAAAGGGCCAUGGAAUCUUGGGUAUAAAGAAUGCCUGUGGUUGAUAAGAAUCCCUUUAAACUGCAGUAAUGACAUCUCUUGAUAGAUAAAAAUGUCCCUUUCUCUUAGAAAUAAACUAAAAGCACACUGAUGAGAUUAUAUUAAGUCUGAGGGUUGGGUGACUAGAAUUAUGGUUUUUGACAGCUUUUAAAUAUUCUUUAUUCAUUAGGCAUAUGCCCAUACUAAUAUGCCACAUUGUACAAAUGUAGUGACUUAGCACAAAUAUUAAUUUAAACUGAGUCCUUACAAAAAAAAACAAAGUGUGUUAUUUAAUAUUGUGAACUGUUAAGCUUUACUGACUAUAUAAAUGAAAGUGCCUCAUUGCUGAAGUGCAUUUCUGUUUUAAGUUUCCUGUAUAAGUCUUCAGUUAUCUGUACCUGUCUCAUAAAUGGUUUCAUAUUGAAAUAGGCACUUACAAGCUAAAAUAAUCUUUUUUAAAAAGAGUUUUGUAGGAAUAUAGGUAUCACCAAAGACAUUUUACUGUUAGUAACCAUGAUAGAGACAGUUUGGACAGUCCAGAAGAUGGAAACUGUUACAUUGUAUCCUGAUUGUAAAUAGGCAAUAGUAACCUUGAGUGGUUACUAAACUAUUACCAAUGAAGACACUGCAGUGAGUUUUCUUGGUGGAACGUGUGUCUUGCUGCAGUGGGCAUGUUUCCCUUCAGAUCCGUUCACUGGUUUGGUUUUUGUUCAUUUUCAGGUAGGUCUUAGAAAAUCCUCAAAUAUGAGAAAAACAAUGCAAAUAUCCUCCCCAUGAAAAAUGGGAGAAAUACAAACUUAUAAAAGAAAAAUUGAAAUUGAGAUUUUAAAUUUUAAAAAGCCUUUUAUUUUUUGGAGGUGGUGUGAAGGAAAUUCUGCCGGCUUAGCUCCAGUGAAGACAAGUCCUGACAGGCCUGCCUGUGUGGACCACUGUACAACAAUCGGCUGGGUUUACAGAUCAUAGAAGUGCUGACAAGCCUGUGUAGAACACAGUACAUUCUACUGUUUUACAGAAGUCCUUGUGUUGGUUUUAAAAGUGAAACUCUAAGGGCCUGUGAUUUUCUCUUAAGUGUUUCUCAGCAGUCACUUCAUUGUUACUAAACUUAGCCAUGUGGCCAGGUUUUCACAAAAUGGAGCACUGAAAAAUAUCCCAGUGUGCCAUUCUUUGUUUUGGGUUGGCAGUCUGCUUUGCACUGCGCUGAGAUUAAAAUCAGCCUGAGGUAUGCCUCUGCAGAGUUGACAAACAAUCCCAACUGUCCUGUGUAUGCAAGCACUGUACAACUGAGCCUCAUCCCUCAGCCAUUCCUCUGAUUGGGUAGGAAUUCUCUAGAAAACUAAGCUUUAUACCAGUAGAAUAUUGGUAUGAAUUUGCCAAAACUUCUUUUCUGGAUUAGAAUCACAAAAACUUGAAACGUGACUACCAUUGUUUCCAGCAUGUGACUCCUGGAGAGCAUAAAGGACAUGUGUGCUAGGUCUGGUUCAUGACACAUGGAAUAGUUGUCAAAUGCACUACAGACUUAGACACAAAGAUUAUAGCUUCAAAGACCAGAAUCACCAGUUGUCUGGAUUUACUUGAUAUGCUUUGCUCAGUGUGUUUUAAUUAAAAAAAAAAAACAUGAAAUUAAGAUAAAAAACAAAAUGUCUUUACACAGUAGGGACCUUAUUGUUUUAUGUUAGUGUUUCUCAUGUCAUUGGAAAGUCCUUCUCUUCUUGGAAUAUGAUUUUCACAAGUAACACGUUUCCUGGCCAUCGUAUUUUCUAGUAGGACUAAAAUGUUUGGGCAUUUUUUCAGAAAAUAAUAAAAAGUUACACUUCAAAAUAAUCACUGUAAAUUCUCAUGCAAAUGUAUCUAUCCCCAGGCCAUUCUUUCAUGAUACAAAACAGCAGUUUUCCAGAGAGAUGUUAAAUUCUAGGUCUAGUUUUCUUCUGUUUUGUAGCACUUGCUAGAAAAAGAACCAACUGUAGCACAAAGGAAGACUAACCAUUCUGGGGGCAUCUAUACAAAGUCUAGUGUAUUGACAGAAGUCGGAGCUGGAGCUCUUUGUACACAUUCACGUCGUCGUUGGAGGUCAGCCUGGCUCUGUUGGAGGCCAUUUUUCUUUUGCAGUCUUUUUCAGAAUGGGGUUGGGGGCCUAAGUGUCCUUAUGAAGCUGUGGUCCAGGACAAGAGCGUGGGGGUGGGAGGGUAUGUGUUCCUUCACUUUCCUGUGUCUGGCAACUCAACAGCGAUCAUUUCUUAGAAUAGCCCUCACGGUUAUUAAGUGUAGCACAGAAUAUAUUGUAAAGUUACGUUGCUAAUUUUAUUUUGAAAUAUGAACUAUUUUAAGCUUUUUGUCAAAAGUGGUUAACAUCUUAAUACAAAUAAAAACCUUUUUGUGGUUGUAAGAUUUAGCUUAUGAAUCAUUCAAAUUGAAGUGAAAGAAUUACCAGGUCAUUGUUAAUGACUUAGUCUAUUAAGAAUCUAUGUAUUUUUGUAAAGGAAAAGCACUCAUAGGUAUUUAAUCAGUACAAGGUCUAUGUCUGUUUUGCCGGAAGAAAAUGCUGCUUAGAGAUUCUCUUUAAAUAUUUUUUUUUAUUUUUGUGCUCAUGUAUUUUCUGUUGAUCUUCUGAAUGUUCUGUACAAAAUGGUAUGACUGUACUGUUGAGCUCAAUACUUUUUUUUUUAACUCUGGGCUUAGCUGUGUAUAUUUGACCAUGUUGAAAAUAGUAUCUUUGUUAUUAAAUUUUUGAUUGCAUA